GCUCUUAUCUUUAUUUAUCAAACUGUUAUGUUCAUGACCUAUAUGUUAUCAUGGUAGAUUUAUUUGAUGAAAAUGAUACUAAGGAUUUUUGUCGCUCUUUUCUGUUGUACUGUAUCAGUACGUGGAUGUCCCGAUGGUUGGGUGUCACAUCGGUCAACGUGCUAUCAUUUUAGCCACGAUAAAGAAACUUGGGCCAAUGCAUUGACCAUUUGUCAGAUAUUCGAUGGUAACCUAGUAGAGGUUAAAGACACCACCGAACAUAUGUAUCUCUUAUCCCAGGCGAAGCUAUAUGACACAUCAUAUUGGAUUGGACUGAACAAUAUACAAAAGCAAAGCACUUGGGUUUGGAUUGACAGCAAUGGACAAAAUAAUUAUACUCAUUGGGCAUCAGGGAAGCCAGACAAUGCGCAAAAUGAUGCAAACUGUGCACUGUUAGAUGAACAUCACGGAUUUUCAUGGAAUAAUGUACAUUGUUCAGACUUGAUCCACUACAUUUGCAAGAAAUCUGAGGAAGUAUCAGAGAUUAUUGGUUAAUAUAUCAAACUGGUAUGACAAAUAAAUAAUAUGAAAUUAAAUAAUUACGAAACGGUUAUAAUUAUUUGUAAUAUAUAACAUUCACUCAGACAAUUCUUUUAUCGAAAACAGUUUAUUAGCAUGCAUAAGGGAAAAAACAAUUGCGUAUAAGUCUUAACUUAUAAUUUUGGAGAUUUUUUCAG